UAAAUAAUCAUUGGUUGACGAUUCUCCAUUCUCCUCCCGAAAAUUGUUAUUAGCAUCUCGCGUUGUUCUGAGGCAGCUCCACAUUUCUCUCUCGCGCGAGCAGGAACUUACUUUCUCUCUCUAGCGCGUCUACCAAAUCUAUCGUUCCAAGAGAUCAAAAGCAAGAAAGGGAAAUGGGGUUGACAUUCACAAAGCUUUUUAGCCGGCUUUUUGCCAAGAAGGAGAUGCGUAUUUUGAUGGUUGGUCUCGAUGCGGCUGGUAAGACCACCAUCCUGUACAAGCUCAAGCUCGGAGAGAUUGUUACCACCAUUCCUACCAUUGGCUUCAAUGUGGAGACUGUCGAAUACAAGAACAUUAGCUUCACUGUGUGGGAUGUUGGGGGUCAGGACAAGAUCCGCCCAUUGUGGAGGCACUACUUCCAGAACACUCAGGGUCUCAUCUUUGUGGUGGACAGCAACGACAGAGAUCGUGUUGUUGAGGCAAGGGAUGAACUGCAUAGGAUGUUGAAUGAGGAUGAGCUGAGAGAUGCUGUAUUACUUGUAUUUGCAAACAAACAAGAUCUUCCCAAUGCAAUGAAUGCUGCUGAAAUCACUGACAAGCUUGGCCUACACUCGCUCAGGCAGCGCCACUGGUACAUCCAGAGCACGUGUGCCACCUCUGGUGAGGGGCUUUAUGAGGGACUGGACUGGCUCUCCAACAACAUUGCUAACAAGGCUUAGAGCUUUUCUGGAGCUGUUUACGCAAGAGCUAAUACUGGAAACUGUCGAGGUUUUAUCUAGCUUUUUCUUAACCAUAUAUUGCUUUGAAACUAUGUUGUUUUUUCAUUUAUGUUUAGGACCUUCAAAAUGUCACUAUAUCAGACAAUGGUUUGUUUUAUAUUUCCUCCUACGUUUGCUUAGUUUUGAAUGUAAUAUUCAGACACAGACUAGGGUUUUGGAUUAUUAUUUGUUUGCCCCA